CGUUCAGUUAACGCGCAUGCGCAGCUGGCCGGGGCGGGUAGAGGGACCGUACGUGCGGCACAGCUGAGUUGGGUCGUGACGUCACGGCGGCUGUAGGACUAGUCGGAACAGUGUUGAACAUAAACAAUAAGGAGCGCGGGCGGGCGGUAGAAACAGGACGAUCCGCACAGCGCCGAGUGGGAAGAAGGCGGUCGUGGUGGAAAAAAAAAAACAACAACAAAUCCUCUGUAGCAGUGAGUGGGACGACGGCGCCUACACCCGGGUCAUGGAGAGCCCUUUCACUCUACGGGUGAGCGUGUCCUCCGACCAAGGCGGCAGGAAGUACAUGGAGGACGUCACCCAGAUCUUAGUGGAGCCGGAGCCCGGGGAGGGCGAGCUGUCCUGGGAAGAGGAGGAAGACGAUGAAGCGGACUCUCCACAGCGGACUCCAGCCCCCAGCCGGGCGUCCCAGGCCAAGAGCGGCCAGUGCGUGGGCUUUUUCGCCGUCUUCGAUGGGCACGGGGGACGGGAAGCCGCGCACUUCGCCAGGGACCACUUAUGGGGCUUCAUCAGGAAGCAGAAGGGCUUCAUGUCCCGGGACCCGCAGGAAGUGUGUGCGGCCAUCCGCAAGGGCUUCAUAGCCUGCCACCAUGCCAUGUGGAAGACACUGCCUGAAUGGCCAAAAACGAUGACUGGUCUCCCUAGCACAUCAGGAACUACCGCUAGCGUCAUUAUUAUUCGUGGAAAUAAGCUAUACGUGGCCCACGUUGGAGAUUCUGGUGUUGUAGUUGGCUUGCAGAACAGUCCUAAAGAGAUGUUGAAGGCCCUAGAAGUGACGCAAGAUCACAAACCUGAGCUACCCAGAGAAAGGGAGAGAAUUGAAGGCCUCGGUGGCAGUGUAAUUAAUAAAUCUGGAGUCAAUAGGGUUGUGUGGAAAAGACCACGUUUGACACACAAUGGACCUGUGAGGAGAAGUACAGUAAUAGAUCAGAUUCCUUUCCUUGCUGUAGCUCGGGCGCUUGGUGACCUAUGGAGUUAUGAUUUCUACAGUGGAGAGUUUGUCGUAUCUCCAGAGCCAGACACAAGUGUGCAUACCAUUGAUCCACAGAAACACAAGUUUAUCAUUAUUGGCAGUGAUGGUCUUUGGAACAUGGUGUCGGCAGAAGAUGCCGUUUCACUGUGCCAGGAGCAAGAGAAGCUAUAUCUUAAUGGAGAGAGUGGACAGUCCUUUGCAAAACUGCUUGUAAGCCGUGCACUCACCCAAUGGAGACACCGCAUGCUACGAGCGGACAACACUAGUGCCAUUGUCAUUUGUAUCUCCCCUCAAUCAGAAAAGCAGAGAUGCUGUUUUAAUGAUGAAGUAUUUAUUAACUUAUCUGACAGUACACACUACAACAGCCAGGACAUGAACCUCAUGUCAACAUCUCCAUGUUCUACACCACCAAUUAAGUUUCUGGAGGAUGAUCCAUGGUGGAGGCUUUCACUUUCUGAGACUCUUCCAUCUCUUAUCCGCCGAAAUGCCUUCUCUGAUGGUUGUAGCAAGUGGGGCUCAGAGUCGGGCAAAUCGAAAGCCCUUACUGCACCCUCCCCCCAUUCUCUAGGUGAUUCAGGAAAACCUGAAGAAAACGGCAGCCAUUCUCAAUGGGCGAGUAGCUCUUCCAGCAUCUCCCCUGUGUGUCUUUUUCCUGGGACCUCAUCAAGUGUUGGUGCAAAGGCCUCUAAAACACCAGGUGGCAAUACUCCCAAAACUGCCAUGGAAAAAUUGGCAUUAAAACGGACAUUGGAAGAGUCCAAUAGUGGGCCUGCUGUGAAAAAGCCAAGGAGGACCUUUACCAGAAGUGGAGGAGUAACAGAGAGUGCCUCUGCUACCCCAAAAAGGAGGAGUGCAGACAGGGUCAUAAUGAGACGCAGUCUUAGAGGCCAGAAGAAACUUGGACAUCCAUUACUACACCAGCCACGUAAAAGUAUAUGUGUGUGCUAAAUGCUCUGCUGUCUUGUCUGGUUUUUAUAGUUUAUUGACUCCUUUUUAAUUUUGAGGGUGUUUUUAAUGCAAUACAUUGUCCUCCAGUUUUCUGUCAACCAGCACUUCACAUUCAAGACUUUACCUGACUCAGUGAGUUAAUUCUGCACAAUACGACAUACUUGGUCUACUUCCAACUGCAGGUUUAUGGACCACCCAGCCUGUAGAUAGGUGCUAUGACUAAGGUGUUAUUUCUAUUUUUAGUAAUAUUAUAAUUUUUUUUUUUUUAUUAUAUAUAUCUAUUUAAAUAUUCCAUGUUAGGAUCAUUUGCUUAAUGUGGUAGCAUACGGUUAAGAUGUAAAGAAAUGAUUGUGUUGCAUUAUAUCUUAUUGUAUAUAUUAAUUUUAUAUCCAUUUCUAUCUUUUUUUUGUCAGCUCUCACUGUUGGAAUAUUUAUCCAUUAUUGAAACUGAUGUUUUUUUUUUUUUUUUUUUUAAUCCAGACCUGUCUGCUCUUAAUUAUGUUUCAUGAUAAUUCAUCAGGUAAAUACAUGUGGAAUAUGAAAAUAGAUGAGCUUGACAAAACUUUGAGGACUUACUAUUAAAAUUAUAGUGUAGAUGAGCUUUUAAUAAGUUUUGUAUAGAAGUUAUGAACCAGUUGUAAAAUAUCAAUUCUUCUCAGAAGGCAAAUGCUGUGUACAUUAUUUGCCAGUGUUGGGCUACUUUCACACUAGCGUUAAAGUUUUCCGGUAUUGAGUUCUGUCACAGGGGCUCAAUAUCGGAAAAAACGCAUCAGUUUUGUCCUAAUGCAUUCUGAAUGCAAAAGUAAUCCGUUCAGUAUGCUUUAGGUUGUCUUCCGUUCCAUCCCUUUUACUGUAUUUGGCUGGAGAAAAUACCGCAGCAUGCCAAAAUUUCGGAACACUUGCUGGAUAUGGCAUUAAUUUACAUUGAAAUGUAUUAAUGUCGGAUCCGGUACCAAGUGUUCAGGAAAUUUCUGCAU